AGUGAGUGAGAGGACAGAGGAAGAAAGAGAGUUGCACCUUGAGGAAGUUAACAAAACAAUAGAAGGAGAACAAAAGGCGCAUCAUAUUGAAGUAUGAGACUGGUGCAAUGUUUCGUGGUUGUCUUGGUGUUAUCUGCACAGCUGGUGCUUACCUCUCCAGUGAAUUACGCUAUUGGCGGCAGAACCUGUAAAAUGUGCCCUGCAGGUAAGAUGAUGUGUGAGUAUCAGAAGUCUUGUACAGAGUGUGAGUCCUGUCCUGCUGGAAGCUACACAAUUGAGUUGAACCGUGAAGACAGCUGCCAUGACUGCUACAGAGACUGCAGACCAGAUUUUCAUCUGAAGAUGGUUCAGAACUGCACCAGCACGUCCAAUGUAUUGUGCGACUGUGAGGAUGGGUUCACAUGCAUUCAGUGGGUCACAGGUUCAACAAACUGCAGAAACUGUGUCAAGAUCCAAGAAACGACCACAACUGAAGCAGCUGCUGGUUUUUCAGUCAAAAAUAAACACACAACUUCCUCAGCUUCCUCAGGACAUAGCAGCACUUCCACCAAACCUUGCAUAUUUCCUAAGUGUGGCACUCAGUCAGUCCCACCGGCAGGAAAUGGCACACAUCUCAAAGAAGACAAGACGAGCAGUCAGCUGGCAGCCAUCUUGUGUCCAGUGGUUGUUGUGGGAUGUGUGGCCCUUGUGAUCCUGCUUUUAGUUUGCCGCCCCGGAGAUGAAACAUGUUUCAAGCAAGCUAUUGCACCGUUUUGCAAUGAAGGAGGUAGAGACGCUUCUCACAAGCCAAAGGAGUCAACUCAUCAGAUCCCCAGAGACUCAUUCAGUGCAAAGCAGCAGCCGUCGGGCCUCUCAGCAGCCAAUCUGGGUCCAGUUCAUGUCCACAAUCCCGGGACGGUCAUCUUUAGCUUGCUCAGUCAGUUUACAGGCCAAGUUGGUCCGACAACUGAAUGUGGGAAGGCGGCCAAGAGAGUGAUCAGCGAAGAAGAAGAGAGAGACUGUCCUGCGUUUCAUCCCACAUCCUCUCCCAGUAUUCAUCUCUCUGAGGAGGAGAGGAGCGGAGAGAUUGACAGCAUUUUCUUUCCCUCCCAGGAGCAGGGGAAGGACUGCCACGUGUCCAAAGAGGAGGUGCUAUGAUGGGUCAUAAAAUCCCAGAAGAUUUGUGUUGGUGGUUACGACCUCUGGCAUCCAGAAUGAUGCUAAACAGGAAGGAACUGUAAAACUAUGAAACCACAAAUGCGUGUUGGGCAGAUUCAUCUCCCUCUGGCAAACUGUGAAGGGACCUCAGUGCUCUCCAAAGACAUUUUUAUCUGCAGGUUCUUGAAAAGGUUGUGGUUAGUGCACACCAGACUUUAACUCCGGGAAGACUAGCUGGAGGGUGAUCUCCUUUGUAAGUUAUAAUUUAAAAUAUCAUGUAAAUACACUGUAAUAUGCUCUGCCAGCUCU